AUGUUCGAAUAUUCGAACCAGCAUAACUUUUACAAAACUUCACCGUCGCCUCCUCUUGCCGGUUCUGAACCACCUCUUCACCCUCCGGAGCCUCUAGUAUGGGGAAAAUUGUUACCACGCGCAACAGCUCUCAAAGAACGCGGAGGCCGCUGCGAUAUCUUCGCAGGCAUUAUUCGUGAGAGGGAGCAAGAAAACAGUGCAGAAGAGGAGGAAAUCCCAUCACUCUGUUGGUUGUCAUCUACGGCAGUGUUAACAGUAAAGAACACCAUAGCAAAGAAAGGCCACAUUUCAAUUCUUAUAGAUUUUCACAGAAGAAGCUGA